UAAAGAAAUUUACACGUGACUCAACAAAAAUGCCGAAGGACUUUCACUUUUGGGAAGACAAUAAAUACUGGUGUCCAGCACUUCAAUUUUGAAUAAUCCAUCAGUCCUUUGUUGGCUGAAUUGUGUUCAUCCUUAAGAAAAUGGGAAGCUUAAUAUGGUUUUCCCAAAUCCUCUGCCUUUCCUUCAUUUUGUUACAGUUUCGAGUCCAAAGCUCCUCACCUUCUCAAUCUUCUCUUAAUUCACCGCCACAUUUGUGCCGUCCUGAAGAGCGUUCUGCAUUGCUUGAUUUCAAAAGCACUACUAAUGUGGUGGAAAGCUGUCCUUGUACUCCUCGUCCAAUAAUACAAGCUUGGAACGAGAGUAAAGACUGCUGCUUGUGGGACGGUAUCACAUGUGACAAGUCGAAAGGUCACGUGAUUGGCCUUGAUCUCAGCAGUAAUCGUCUUAAGGCCAAUCUAACUGCAAACAGUAGUCUCUUCCGCCUUGAGAAAUUGCAGAGUCUCAACCUUUUUGACAAUUUUUUCCAUUAUCCUAAUGUCUCAUUUGGGUUCGACCGUUGGAAGAGUUUGACGUAUCUUAAUCUUUCAGAUUCAGAUUCAGGAUACAUGGAUGGCUCUCUCCUGUUUGAUGAGAUCUCCUUGCCACCAAAAUUGGUUUCACUCGAUCUCUCUCAUAAUGGUUUGUUUCUUGACAACAUAAAGUUUCAACUGCUUGUGCAUAACUUAACAGAAUUAAGGUUUCUUAUCCUUGAUUCUGUGAAUAUGUCUCUGGUUGUGCCUUCUUCCUUGCUAAACUUGACUUCUUCCUUGGAGCAUUUGAGCCUUCGCUCUUGUAAUUUGCAAGGAAACUUUCCAAGCCAAGUUUUUCAGCUUCCAUCUCUCCAACUUCUUGAUUUAAGAGACAACUCUCAUUUGGGAGGUAAUUUGCCUAAGUCAAGCCUAAGUAGUACCCUCGAGUAUCUGAAUCUUGAUGGUUGCCAAUUUUAUGGAUCAAUUCCAGAUGUUUUUGGAAAAAUGCACAAACUAACUCAUUUUAGCCUUUUUAAUAAUAGUUUUGAUGGUGAAAUUCCUACAUCAAUCUUCAACCUCGCUAAUCUUACUUAUUUGAGACUGUCAUCAAAUAAGCUAAGAGGGCCUCUUCCUCAUAGUAUAAGUGGACUCUCAUUUUUACACGAGUUUCGAAUGGAUAAUAACUUCAUCGUAGGUCGUGUACCAUCUUGGUUGUUUUCUCUGCCUUCUUUAUCUUAUUUAAACCUCGCAAACAACAAACUUACAGGUCCUAUUGAUCAUGUUGAGAUACCUAAUCUCAUUUUAGAAGAAAUCUAUUUGUCCAAUAAUGAGAUAAGUGGUUCAAUUCCUAGCUCUUUCUUUCAUCUUGUGAAUCUUACUAUAGUGGACCUUUCUUCAAAUAAUUUAGGUGGCACCAUUACAGCCAACAUGCUUUCAAAACUUGUAAACCUUUUGAGUCUGGAUCUUUCCAAUAAUAGUUUGCUGUCUUUGAGCAAUAAUAGCACUGCUGUCAACUAUUCCUUUCCGAACCUCUGGUCUUUAAAAUUCUCUUCUUGCAACAUACAGAAGUUCCCAAGUUUCUUAAGGGAGGCAGAGAGUUUGAGGGAAUUGGAUAUUUCUAAGAACAAUAUUUCUGGUCAAAUUCACAAAUUGGAAAUAGAAGGGAUGUCAUUGAGUAUUUUAAACCUUUCUUAUAACUUCUUGACCGGUAUAGAUUCACUUGGUUCUGGAAAUUUUGAAACUAUUGACCUCAGAUUCAACUUACUACGAGGAUUACUUCCCAUUCCAUCAAAAACUUGGGGUUAUACGGUACAACUCUUCAUUUCACGGAAUAAUUUGAGUGGCGAAAUCCCGUCUUCUUAUUGUAAUUUGACUUCUCUUGGAGUUCUAGAUUUAGCUAAUAAUAAUCUGGGAGGAAAAAUUCCAGAAUGUCUUGGAAACUUGAGAAAUCUCGCCUUCUUGGAUCUGCGGAUGAAUAAGUUUUACGGUAGAAUACCAAAUUCUUUUGUCAACAAGAGUGAACUGAGAACUCUUACCCUAAAUGGCAACCAGUUGGAAGGUAUACUGCCACGGUCUUUGGUUAAUUGCAGUAACUUGGAAAUUCUAGAUGUGGGGAACAACGACUUGAAUGAUACCUUUCCAGAUUGGUUAGGUGUUCUUCCAACGCUAAAAGUUCUCAUCCUUCGAUCUAAUGGAUUUCAUGGUGCCAUCAACAAUUCUAUGCCUGCAUUUUACUUCCGUCAGUUGAGAAUCAUUGAUGUUGCGCAUAAUGAUUUUAUGGGUCUCCUACCGCGUAACUUCUUCAAAAAUUUGACAGCUAUGAGAGAUGUAGUUGACGGGCAAUACACUAAUAACCAGCAAAGAAGUAUACCUUUAUGUAGUCCACAUCAACAGUGCCGAAGCGGAGGUGUUCCUCAGCAGCUUUAUUAUGAGGAUUCUGUGAAGGUGGUAGUGAAAGGGUCAGAGAGGGAGCUUUUAAGGAUCUUGAACAUUUUCACAACUAUAGAUUUCUCGAGCAACCAAUUUCAUGGACCGAUUCCUGAAGAGCUGGGAGAACUCAAUUUACUUAAAGGGCUAAACUUGUCUCACAACAGUCUCACAGAUCCAAUUCCGUCAUCGUUGGGGAAAUUAGUAGAACUCGAGUCAUUAGAUCUCUCAUCAAACAAGCUUGAAGGCAGGAUUCCUGAGCUAUUGACAGCUCUCACAUUCCUAUCAUUUUUGAAUCUUUCACACAAUGAACUUGUGGGCCACAUACCUGAAGGGAAGCAGUUCAAUACUUUCUUAAAUGAUGCCUACAUUGGAAACUCUGGGUUGUGUGGAUUCCCAUUGACAAAGAAAUGCCAUAACAAGGAAGAACCAGGAGCACCUCCAUCACAAUUUGAUGAAGAAGAUGACUCUACAGCACUCUUUGAGUGGAAGUUUGCAUUGGCGGGCUAUGGGUGUGGACUGGUGUUGGGACUUAGUCUGGGAUACAUUGCCUUCACUACUGGAAAACCAUGGUGGGUGGUGAAGAAAGUGGAGAAAUAUCAACAGAAAUUAGUUGGAAGGGGCAACCGAAGGCAGAAGAAGAGAAAAACCCAAAAACCCAACCAACGCUGUUAGGUGAAAGCAGGUGCAGUUGAUUUCUUACUUCGGGGAGAUCUGCAACAGUUGCUUCUUGAGUUUGUUUCCAUAUUUUUCAUGUUUAUUGUUGAUAUUUAGUUGUGUUGACCUGUGUGGGAAUUAUGGUUAUGUAUGAAUUUGUGUUGAUUUCUUUUGGAUUUCAUGUAUCUGCUCUGCAGGCAGUUGUUCAUGUAUUUUUCUUGGUGUAAUUGGUUUCUUUUGAUGUUAUCUAUCUCUUCGUAUUUUAUUAUCUUUUCCUCUGUUUUGGUUGCCUUUGAACAAUGCGUUUUACUGAAGUAAUUUUCCUUGGUGUUUUCCUUCUGUCUGGAGAUAUUAAUUUCUGUCUUUAGAGGGAAAGCUGUAAUUUUCUUUGCGUGGAGUAAAUUAAUGUGUUUUGCCUUUACUACUUAAAUUUAAAAAUUUUAGAUAUUACCAUGCUGCGUAUGCCAAGGUUGAGAUACCAUGUUUCUGUCUGUUAAAAAACAACAUAUGUAGGUUAGCAUUAACAUAUGCAUGUUCCAGGUCUCAUUUGUAAACUUUUAUUUAAAUUCUGAGGUGUAUACAAUAUAUUCAUGGCUAGUCAAUGUAGGUCAUCAAUGGAUAUUUUUGCUGAGAUAGAUUAAGAGUUAUAUUUGUUGUUCUUUCUGCAAACUCAUCAAUGGAUAUUUUUCUUACAAAUGGUAUAUCUAACGAGCAUCCUAAAAUUGAGAAUCUGUGGAGCUAAGAGAGAGAUGACCCAAUAUUACAUCCUCAGGAAAGGUUUCUGUUGUCAUGGCUGAAGUAAUUACUUGUUUUGAUGGCUCUGGUAUUCAGACCCAUUUUCCUGCUUUUUCUUUCUAAUUUUGCUAUGUGCACUCACCAAAACUGUGUAUUACUCUGGGCCUGGAUUAACACAUAGAGAUUCUUUAUUGGUAUGAGAGUUAGUUAAUUAAAGUGUAAUGGAAAUUCCAAAAGUAGUUAAUGCAGGUCUUAUGUGUUUCUGUUAUAUUAAGGCGUCAAGGUGAUUUUGAUACCAUGUGUUGCUAUCUAUUCAUCCUGGAUGCUAUUGCUUUUUAAAUUUUAUUUGCCAUUUAGCCUUAUGGGAUUAGCACUCUUCUUUUAGUUGUCUUAAUUCUUAUUUGUUCUUAUUUGGAAGCCUCUUGAAUGUUUUAUUGAUUUCAUCACAGUUUCUCCUUUGACGCUUUUGGCGGAUCACUGCAGAAAUGGGGAAACUCACCUUUUCUCAGAGUGGUACAUUGUCUACCAUAACCAGUUCACUUGGCUGUAUAUUGCUGCUCUUAGACACUAGGGCACUUGUUGACGCUCCUGUAGAAGAUUUUAAUCAACAGAGGUUGUCUGGGUGAAGUUCCUCUUACUUUGAACCAACAAAGAAUGACUAUUGCCUUGGAAACAAAUUCUUGAGAAAUCACUGACAUAAUUCUCCCCCAUUGGUGGAACUCUAAGUCUCUGCGGUCACCAUAGGAGAUGAUGCUGUGAUCUUAGCUUUCAGGUGAGUAAGUUUGUUGUGUUUUGCAAUAAUAUAUUAAGCAACUCAUUUCAUAAUAGAUCACAGCAAGAAUUUAUGCUUUUAUCAAGAGUUCUUGGAAGUUGAAAGAUACAAUUCUUUUAUCAAGAAUCUUAAUUGUUUUUAUUAAGAAAACAGAAACAAUCUU